AUGACUUCAAGUACUCCUUUUGUUCCCCCCUAUACCGGCUCAACAGUAGACGUUUCCGUCAUACUGGCCGAUGGAACCGGUGUACCAUGUGCAUGGAUGUUCAAGAACGCAAUUCCAGGUCACAACAUCUUAGACGUUCCAUGCUUCAGUUUCUUGAUCGAGAACAAAAGAUCCGGAAAGAAGAUCUUAUAUGAUCUCGCAACAUUCGACGUCCAACAAGGCGUAGCAGACCAACUUAUUGCUUCCAACAUCCCAAUCGACUCAAUCAAUGAAAUAAUAUGGUCUCAUCAUCAUAUGGAUCAUACCGGAGAUCCAUCCCUGUUCCCUUCGAGCACUUCACUCAUUGUCGGAUCAGGGUUCAAGAGUGACAAGACUACAUUCCCGGGAUGGCCCAGAAACCCCUAUGCUAUAACCGUCGAUGAUGCUUUUGAGGGAAGGAAGGUUAUUGAACUGGAUUUCUCUUCGAGCGACUUGCACAUUGGGGGGUUUCCGGCCUUGGAUUAUUUUGGUGAUGGGAGUUUUUAUAUACUCCAGACUCGGGGACAUAAUAAGUUUAAAACCUUCUUGUCUACGGAGUUGUUCCUAGCCAUGGAACUAAUCAAUUUGAAUUUUACGAUAGCUCACGAUCAUAUAAGUGCGCUCGCACGCACUGCGGAGGAUAAAUUCAUUUUCCUCGGUGGCGAUAUCUCACAUCACCCGGGCGAGUUUCGUCCAACGACCCAGUUACCUAUCCCGUCUCAAAUCGAUUCAUCCUUGCUCGGCAAUCACAUCCACCAAGGAGCUUCACAUCCAGCAAUUCAAAAAGAUGAUGGCUCUGAUUGCAAAACUAGUCCAUUCUAUGAACAUAACCACAUGACGAAUGCCUCUCCACAGGAAGCGCAAGUUACUAUUGAGAAAUUGCAGGGUUUUGAUUGCGUUGCUGAUGUGUUUGUUGUCAUUGUGCAUGAUAGUAGUUUACUUGAUAUCUUGCCGUUUUCCCGUUGA